AUGGCGCAACACGACCCCUCUCACGUAGCCAGCUCACAGAAAGCCCUCAUGUUGGAGAUGAAGAGUCUCCAGGAGGAGCCCGUCGAGGGCUUCAAGAUCACACUGGUGGACGAGGCCGACCUGUACAACUGGGAGGUGGCCAUCUUCGGACCCCCGAACACCCAUUACGAGGGGGGGUAUUUCAAGGCUCGGAUCAAGUUCCCCAUGGACUACCCGUACUCCCCACCUUCCUUCCGGUUCCUAACCAAGAUGUGGCACCCCAACAUCUAUGAGAAUGGAGAUGUGUGUAUUUCUAUAUUACACCCUCCAGUGGACGACCCGCAGAGUGGAGAGCUGCCCUCGGAGAGAUGGAAUCCCACCCAGAAUGUCCGGACCAUUUUACUGAGUGUGAUCUCGCUGCUGAAUGAACCCAACACCUUCUCUCCCGCCAAUGUGGACGCUUCUGUCAUGUACCGUAAAUGGAGGGACAGCAAGGGCAAGGACCGUGAAUAUGUAGAAAUCAUCAGGAAACAGGUGGUGGCCACGAAAGCAGAAGCAGAGCGUGACGGCGUGAAAGUCCCCACCACGCUGGCCGAGUACUGCAUCCGUACGCGCGUACCAGCCCCUGACGAAGGCUCCGACCUCUUCUAUGACUAUUACUAUGAUGACGACGAUGUGGAUGGCGAGGAUGGUGACUGCUGCUAUGAUGAGGAUGACUCGGGCAAUGAGGAGUCGUGACAUGCUUUUUGACAGCAACGCAAUCUAGCUGACACGCGCGCUACCCCCUUUUUUUCUGCCCGGGUUGCCAGAUAUUCUAGGUCUACGACCAAGAAUUAUGUGAAGCUUCCCACUUCUAAACCAAUGUAAUGAGCUGUUUUUACCUAAACCUCCGAGCUAUUCUCAGAGGUUUAAAUCAAUGAGUUGUUGUGGGAGGGUCAGACCUGGUCAGACUUGCACCAGCACAAAAGUCACCAGUUCCAUCACCACAUAAAACCUUACUUUGAGAGAAUAACAUUACUUAAACCUGUUGAGUUAGUCAGUCCCCUGUACAGUUAAAGAUUUGAAAUAUAAAGUUGUUGCUUCAAUACAAAUGUCCACAAGAGCAACAUUUGCACUGGUGCAAAAACAUUUCUCAAUCUCUCUCUUGCAUAUAUUUCCCUAAUUGUAAUUGGAUGUUGCUUACCAGUUGUUGGUCUAAGUGACUGACACAUGAAGAGGACUUAAAUCAGCCUGCUUUGUGUUGAGCCGUUUGCUGCAAACACAUUGAAUCUGACAUUUCCGACCAUCGCAGUCUUGUCUUGCUGUCAACAGGACGGGACAUGAACUGACACGGGGCCAUGUUCUCAAAGUUCCUGUGCAUGCCAGAUGCAUUUUCGGAAGCUCAGUGUCUCUUUCACUGAUGGACAAUUUACCCACAUCAUAAUCUGUUUUCCGCUCGGUGAUAGUGAGCACUUGUGAUAGUGGAGGACGCUGUCGGGUGGACCGUCUGGCGAGCUGAGUCAGUGGGACAAAGUCCUUGUGAACAUUUUUGCUAACAUUGAUAUUUGCUGUGUUUCUUCUGGUUACUGUGGGGUGUGUUUCUCUGUCAUUAUGAGUGUGGGGUUAUGCUAUUGGAAGUAGCUCAGAUGUAAGAGUCAAGUAGGAUGACCCAAGUUUUUCAGGGUGGGGGGUGGGCAGUACUAAUUAUCAAUCAGAGCUGCAUUUCUCCUUGGGUUUGCUCUCUGCAUGGCCUGAAAGAGCCAGAGACCCUAAACCAGUGUAAACAAAGGUCCAAAAUAUUUUAUGACCGUUUGUUGUAUUCAUGUCUUUGUUUGCUCUCUUGCAAGCUUCGUUACUUUAGUGUUUUGCUUUGAAUAGACAUUAUGCCUGCAGUGAUGAGAUAUUAGGUUUUAUUGGCAAACCAAAAAAAAACUUCUGUAGGAAAAGUGUCUGUCAAAAAGUGUUGUUGAAGUAUCAGUGAAGAUUAUCACAAUUUUCAGCCCUGGAAGUGAAGAAAACGAGGAAGUGAAGAAAACAUGGAAGAAGGCCACCGUGUUUUAUUUUCAUUUCAGAUCUUUGUGUUAGUUGAGAGUGGACAGGUUUUGAUAUGACUUUAGUGUGUAUGGGUGUCCUCUCUGUGUAUUCUUGCAUUAGCAUUCUUUAUUCAUUCUUUAUUCAUUUACUCAAAUCGGGACUUCAUACUGAAUUUCUCAGGAUAAUGAAUUAUGACGAAACAAUUCAUCAAGCAAAUAUUUUCGUCCUUAGGUGGUCUUCAGUGAUGGUUUACAGCUUCAACAGGAAUCAUAAAUGAUGUGCAAAUGUAGCAGAUGAUCAUGUUUCACUCACCUGUUUAUUUUUUUAUUUUCUGCUAUUUAAAAUUGAAAAAUAAAAAUGUAUUGGAAAGAGA